AUGGGCGAUCAGCCAAAUCCAAGGUCUCUUCCUUCUUUAAACCGACGAAAUGUAAUCAGAUCACUACUAUUUAAAAUUCCAGCUUCACAACAAGGCACUACCUUUGCGCCGGCCCUUCAUUUUAGUAACCAUUCAUCUGACUGCUCCUCUUCAACCUCAACUGACUACUCUGACAAGUCUCGAAAAAUCCGCUCUAGUUCUCAUACAGCCUCAAGCUCAAGCCCUCCCCAUGUCUCAGCUCAAAGCUGGGCAGUUUUAGAUAUUUUUUAUCUAUUAAAUUCACAUUUUUUUCUUAAAAUAAAAAAAAGUGAAUAAUUAUCAUAAAAAAGAAUAUAAAAUCAGGGAAAUUAGUCGGUGGUUUCCGAGAGCAACAACCAAGGGAAAUCGCAAGCCUCACAAAAAUUAUGACCUGUUAUGUAGUGCUCAAUGUGGCUGAAAAUUAUCAUAUAUCUCUUGAAUCUUUAGUUAAAGUAAGCAGAAAUGCUGCAGAAACCUGUGGAACUAGUGCAAGACUUAAAGAAGGGGAAGAGAUCCAAAUUUGGGAUUUAUUACAUGGCUUAAUGCUGCCAAGUGGGAAUGAUGCCGCAGUGUGUUUAGCUGAACAUUUUGGAAAGAUCAUUGCAAAAAUAUCUGGAAUUGAAGGCAAAUGUAAAGAACCUAUAAAAUAUUUUGUACGAGAAAUGAACCAAACAGCUAAAGAACUUGGCCUAAACAGCACGUUUUUUAAUAACCCACAUGGUAUGAGCAUGCCUAAAAAUAAAUCCACAGCAACUGACGUAUGCAAACUUGCUGCAACAGCCCUUGAAAACGAACUAUUUCAGAUGAUUUGCUGUGCAGAGUAUCAUACAUGCUAUGUUGUUCAGCCAAGUGGAUAUUCUUAUAGAACUACUUGGUGACAAAACACUAAUAAGCUGCUCUCUGAAGGAUUUGUAGGAGUUAAAACUGGGGUGACUCCUAUGGCUGGACCUUGUCUUUGUGCAAGCUUGAAGAGUAAAGGCAAACAAGUUGUCGUUGUCAUUUUGAACUCCAAAAGCAUAGACCACAGAUGGACAGAUCUUCCUCGAUUGGCGCAUUGGGGACUUAAUAACUUGUAA